UUUUCGGUCUGUUAGAUAGAUAAAGAUGAACAAUCAAUCUGUCGGCGCUUGUUGAACAAAUGAUUGCUCGUCUUUGUCUAUCUAACGGAUCGAAGAUCGUGAUAUAGCGAAAAAUACAAUAAAAAAAUCGUGGACAUUGAACUACGUAGUUCAAUGUCCACGUUUUGUGGACAUAGAGGCGCUUCAAAAUAAGGCUGCAGUUAAAUCCCGGGCAUGGCAACUCUCAGUGACUCUCAGGCUUCUCUCUGCUUACAAGUCACAGUAUUGUAAACAUUGCAUAACUUCGACUUCAAUACAUUUUACUCCUUUUUUAAACAUGGAAUAAAAAUUAUAAAAAACGUAAUCUAAGUUGAUUAAAAUAAAAAAGUGUUGUUCUAUAUCAAUUAGAACAUUUAUAAAGUCACAAAUUGAUAGUUUACUCUGAGGUUAGGUGUAAUAUAGAGAACGGAAUUUAAGGAACUCCCUCGAUCUCCGAGAGAAAUGAAUGUACGAAAGGAUUCAACUACUUCAACUCCAUGCUAUAGAUAAUUAUAAAAACAGAGGGAUUCUUUAGUUUCACUUACAUUAUCACGAACAGUUCUGAAUCUGUUACUCUUCAUUCAAAUUAAUAUAAACCAACAUGGCUGCUCCAAUCAGCACUGCCAUGGACAGCUUAACUGCUGCUCUCAAGUCCAACAUUAUUCCCAAUCAGGAAUAUCUACUACAAGGAUCAGUGUUAGAUACCUCCGUAGAAGUACUGCUGCAUAGACUUCGUGGUUUGUGUGACAAUGUAGAUCAUGGACCUGAGGGUUUCUACGAUCAUGAGAUGUGUUUCAGCAUUCGCAGAAGUACUCCGCAGGAACAACCGUUAUUACUGCGAGUGCGACGUACUCUGGAUGCAAGCAACGCAGACAUGCCGUGGCAGUUGCGAUAUAUUGGCCAACCUGAACUAGGUGAUAAAUCUCGACCCACGAUCGUUCGCAGUAGCAUCGACAUUGCUACAAGUAACACCGUAGUGGAGUUUCUCACUGAAUUGGGCUGCAAGCUGGACUUCGAAUAUGUUACUCGUGGCUACAUGUUUCGCAAAGGACGAAUGAAGAUUACCGUAUCGAAGAUCUUCAAGGUGAACCAGGGUAAGGUGCCAGAAGGCGUGCCGGAAAUGAUUUCACAGAGUUAUUUGGUUGAGCUUAGCGUGUUGGCUCCUAGUGGGCAGGAUGCCAUAGCAGAGGAUAUGAGGAUAUUUGCGGAACAGCUGCGACCUUUGGUGCAAUUGGAGAAAAUAGAUUAUAAGAGAUUAGUCCAUUAAUUAUAAGAUUUUUUUUAUCGCAAAGAUCAUUCUUAUGUAAAGCAUCUCAUGUAGUACGUCAAAAAAUGUUCAUUGACAGCAAUUUUUUAAAAAGGUAGAAAAACUUUUCGUAUAUUUGAA